AUGGGACCGACUGAACAGGAACAAUCGGCCAAUAUUGAAACCGAUGCAGAAGACCGUGAGGAGGAAGAGGUUCCCGUUGACAACGACCAAAAGAUAGCCGCGAACAUUGUACGCAAAAUCUUGGAGGAAAUCGAUCUGCGAGCUCAAGCGGCUGCCGCAGUAUACCGGGAAUGGUUCGGGUACCGAUGCGACAAAUUCUUCAAGCACAUGCUACCGGGCCUAACCGAUGGACAAAGUUUCAGAACGCUGAAGGAGAUAGAAGAAGACGUUAUAAGACUCACAAACGCCGAGGAUCCCAACGAAGCCAUGGACCGACACGCAAUAGUGAAACCGCGUGCUCGGCAACAAAAGCUAACCGUACACAUACGAAAGCUUACAGAAAGACAGCGAGGUACAGCGCACUCUCCGCGUCUUGAAACCGAUGACGGUCAGAAUCGAGGUGAUACGUCCCCUCUAGCGGAUCCGGUCAUCAAUGUAACCGACGAAAGGGAAGAGACUCCUUUCACCAGGCCACUUGAAACCGAUCAACCGGGGGAUUCAGAACCGGCCAUCACAGAAGAAAGAGUAAAGACUCUUAUUCAAGAGUUUGCCAGCUCAAAGGUUCGACCAUGGAAGAGGAAAAUCAAGAAAGCCGCUCUUCAAACAAUUAAGUUAGCCGAAACAACGAGGGAUGAUCUUGUGAAGGCAGAUGCCCGGAUCACAAAGAUCGAAGCCAACUACCGGGACGAUACUAUUCUGUACAACGACCAUCUUAAGCGAACCGAAGGUUUGGAAGUUACAACCUCGAAGCUGGUAGAUGACUUGGAACGGUUUCAAGAGAAAACCGAUCAACGGCUCACAAAGGUAGAUGAGGACCUAGGGCGGUCAAGCAAUGAAGUCGGCUCGACACUUGACAGGGUCACAGAUCUUGAAAAGAAGAAUGCAAGCCUUGAAGAGCGCAACGACAAGCUUGAAGCCGACCUUAAGGCGGUCACCGAACAGGUGGCUGAGUUGAUAAAUGCCAAGAUUAAUGCUGAUAAAGCGGUUGAAGAGGCAAAUGCUCAAGCGGCUAAAGAACUACAGGAUGCCUUGGAUGAACAGAACCGGACAGAGAAGGAAGCAUCGCGAUCAUCUGAUGCGAACUUCAACGAACGAUUACGGAUGUCAAUGGCCAGAGAUCCGGAACUCGCAAAGAACAUAGCAGCUCAAGAGGCCGAGGAUGCAGACCGGUUAAACACUGAAAAAUGA